GCCAACCACCAGUACCACCCCUACGGGCACUCUCAUUUCCUCUAACAAUCAUUUCCCUGGUGACAUAUCAAAAUUUAUAUUUUCCUUAACUGUUUCUUAAAUUCUUUCCUCUCAACCACCAUGAAGCCCGUCGUCUCCGCGCUCAAUGCGUGGAGUUGUUUCAUCAUCUCCAUCUUCGCCGUCAUUAUUCUCUCCGUCAUUGGUUCGCUGUAUAAACGCAACCACCACUCGCUUAUGGGCUCGAGAGACGACCCUAAAGAUGGUACCGCAGUCGCAGGGUCCAUUUUCACUGCUGUUAUAGUAUAUGCCGCAUUUGCUGUGUUUUGCGGUCUACAAGCAUACCUCCACGUUCGAUCAAGUCGAAGAGGAGCGAUAACCUUGUCCUAAGUGACUCGAAAAUGAACAGUGAUGAGAUGCACUUGCAUCGAUUCUAAUACGAUUUCCUUGAUAUAUUUGUUUUCAAAACGGAUCGCGGAGUAUACGGCUGUUUCUUGUCUAGGAUUCUAAGUUUUACAAUUCUUUUGCUCCUCGCAGAGCUGGUAGAACCUUUGCGAGUUGAUAGGCGUGUGAUAAACGUGGCUUGUUCGGUUCUUAUCUUGUUUUGUCAUAUUCCAUACUAUAUGUGUAUAUCUACAGAAACCAGGCUUUUGGUUGAUGGGAAGUUUUACAUUAUAUGAUAUCUACCCAACUAAUGAUGCUAGGGUGGUUUCGUCCCUUCGGUUGAUGGACGAGUUAAUAGAUCAACACAAGUUUAUACCGACAGAUAUCUUGUCUU